GUCGGUUAAAACAGCUAACACAACCAGCUGUUACGAAACAACUGACACAACCAGCUACCAGCAACAGCUAACAACCAUUUACCAAACAAGGCCAAUAUAUGUCAAUCGUACCUUUUUUUUUUUCAAUUUGGUAAUUUGGCCAACUAUUUGUAUUCAUCUCCUGAAUAUUUACGGUGUCAAUUACUCUACAAGACUGCAGUAUUUAUUUUUAUUAUUAAAGUGCCCUUGCAAAAUUAAACUGAUCUUCAAUUGAUUCAUAAACAGGGGGUAAUGAAGUCAUUUCAGCAUGCGGGGAGUACCGAAAGCAAUACCGUCGGCGUCCAUGUCAGUAUCCCAAACCUGACCCACUUCACAACCACAGUCUAUUAAUCUUCUCAUCACUAAAACAAAAUCUGGAAAAUAAUUUCUUCCUCUCUUCUCUUUCGCCGCUGUUUUCCUGCUCCAUUCUCCGAAGCUUCUCUCCGGCGACUCUUUUUGACUUAUUCCGCCAUGUACUGUUCUUCCCAUUUCUCGCUUCUCCCGAAUAAGAACUUUCCAAAUUGUUAUUUUCAGUAGAGGAUUUCAAUUUCAAAGUAGACUCUCUGUAUUCCGCCAAUUCGUGUCAACCCAUAGAGAGAUAGCAGCAAUUGCCAAUGAACCCGAAUCAGCCGCAACCGCCGCCCGCGGACCGCAACCGCCAUCGGCGGAAACCCGACUUGACCCUCCCUCUGCCGCCGAAACGUGACCCGAGAUUAGCCGUCCCUCUUCCACUACCGCCCACUUCCGCCCCUUCUUCAACCCAAUCCCGCUCUCCUCUCCCGACCACGCCCCUCAAGUUCUCCGAGCUGGAGCGCAUAACCCGCGUCGGGAGUGGGAUCGGCGGUACGGUGUAUAAGGUGCUCCACCGGCCGAGCGGCAGGCUGUACGCGCUGAAGGUCAUCCACGGCCACCACGAGGACGGCGUCCGCCUGCAGAUGUGCCGUGAGAUUGAGAUCCUCCGGGACGUCAACGACCCCAACAUCGUUAAAUGUCACGAUAUGUCCGAUCACAACGGCGAAAUCCAAGUCCUUCUCGAGUUCAUGGACAAGGGAUCUCUGGAAGGGACCCACAUCCCCAGCGAGCCCUUGCUCGCCCACCUCACCCGACAGAUUCUCUCCGGCCUCGAGUACCUCCACCGCCGGAAAAUCGUUCACCGUGACAUUAAGCCCUCAAAUCUGCUCACCAAUUCCCAGAGCGUGGUGAAGAUAGCCGACUUCGGGGUCUCGAGAAUCCUUGCGGCGACUAUGGAUUGCAACUCCUCCGUCGGCACCAUUGCCUACAUGAGCCCGGAGAGGAUCAACUCUGAUCUGAAUCACGGCCAGUACAAUGGGUUCGCCGGAGAUAUAUGGAGCUUGGGCGUGAGCAUCUUGGAAUUUUACCUGGGCAGGUUUCCGUUCAACGGCGGGAGACAGGGGGACUGGGCGACGCUCAUGUGCGCCAUUUGUAUGUCGGACCCGCCGGAGGCGCCGCCCACGGCGUCUACUGACUUCAGAAAUUUCAUCGCUUGUUGUUUGCAGAGGGAUCCUUCCCGACGGUGGACGGCGGCGAAUCUGUUACGCCACCCUUUCAUUUUGCAGCACUGCUCCCGGACGGUGAGCCACAAUCUUGGCAUUCCAAGCCAGGUUCAUCAGACACACCAAUUGCUACCUCCCCGUCCGCAUUUCUCUUCCUGAUUUCCAAAUUUUCCACAUUUGGCUUUUCAAUAUUUCUUGGUCUAUUUCUGUACUAUAUUUUCUAAAAUGGAAAUCUGUGAUCAUUUCCAUGUAACGUAUUGUAAUGGUUAGAUGAUCGGUUGUAUGGAAACAAAAAAAAUGAAGAAUUGGGUAUUCACAGGAUUAUGUUUAGAUUGAAAUUCCAUACUUCCCUAAUCCCUAUUCCCAAUAAAUCAAUAACUCCCCAUUUUACUUUGUUGUCAAGAAUCACAAGAAAGAAAUGAAAAUGGGAAAUCUCUGUUUUAAGCUUACCACGAUCUGCUUUAGUGUAAACCCUUGUCUUAAAAAUUGAAUCUUUA